AUGGCCACAGCCCUCUUCGGGGCGGGGGCGCAUUGGGUCGCGGCGAUCGGCGGCCAGGCGCUUGGCACCUGGCUCGGCAGCAGCAGCAACGGGUGCGACUGUAGUUGCCACUUCGACGCCUCGCCCGACGAGGCCCUCAUCGGGCUGCUGAAAGGACAGCUCGACAGGUGCGGUCCGGAGCACCUGCACGGGCAGCCGACGUUCACGCCAGCCUGCCCCGAGCCUGGGCACACCCGGCUGGAGCUCGCCCUCUCGCUCGUGCUCGGAUUGGUCCUGGGCGCAGUGCUCCGCGAGAGACCCAGUCAGUGGCCCAUGGCAGCCUCGCGGACUGCCAAGGCCCUGGAGACCCUGCAGGUGGGUACACGGGUCCUCGCCUACUACGAGCAAGAGGACAAUUACUGGCAUGAACGGAUCCUGGUCGGCAGGAUCACUGCGACCAGGUGGGUGGUGGUCACACCACAUUUUGACAUCUACGAGGAAGACUUCGCGGACGCCCUGCAGCUCUGCCCAGUCGGCCCCCUCGGGGGCUUGCCCACGAAGCUCUCGGGCCACAUCCUCCGCACGGACAUGGACCGCUACAAGAGGAACGAAGCGAGGUUGCUGGCAGAGGGCAAGCAGCUGGCUAGCGAGAUCCGCCGAGAGGAGGGCCUCCCCGACGAGCCACAUGGGGCGCUCGCGCCACCGCCCGCACCUGGUGGGGUUCUCUUGGGUCGGGCUGACGCUGUUGACGCUCCUCGCUGGGUUGCCUUGGAGGCUCGCGUGGGCUACCGACCAGGUGACGAGCUUCCAGCAGGCACCGUGCCCGUCGCCAUUCUUGGAGAUCGGGGCAUCUGCGAGCUCGCCGACGGAACCAAGCUGGCAGUCGCGAAGGCCGACACCUAUGAGGGCACUCCCACCCCCCGGCAGGAGCGUCAAGCUGCAGAGCAGGAUCUUCGGACUCUCCCCGUCAAGUACGACUCCGGCGGCUCCAGGGUCAGGGACUUCUCGGAGGCGGUGGACAUCAUGUCCUCCAGCCCGCAGCUGGACUUCCCUGUCCUCGGGCCGCGGGCGACCGUGUGGCUGGUGCAGCAGUUCAGGGGGCUGGGCCAGACUCCCCUGCAGCGACAUAUGUGGUGGAGGCAGACCCAGAACCUCACCGCCGCAGAUGCUGGAGUUGAUGAACAUCAGUUCCUUUCAGAGCUGCUGGAGAUGGGCGCCGAAAAGGACCAACUCAAUGAGGGCGAGCUCGCGACCUUUGAAGCUGUGUCCCGACGGUGCCAACUCUGGGAGGAAGUCUAUGCCAACAGACUUCGUGAGCACGAGGCGGGCGCGGUGCGCAGUGCAGGGGGCUCAGCUUGGCUCGACGAGCGUGAGAUCUUCUUGGGGCAAGAGCGCGGGCGUGGUGGAGCUUUGGUUUGCCCUUCACUUCAGAGCUGGGUGGCAUCCCGCCUCCAGGAGGAGGCAGCAGUACUCAAAGAGCGGCGCAAAGGACGUGAAGAAAAGAUUAUUGCUCGAGGUGGUGUGGAAGAGAACAGCACAACCAGGCCGAAGGCGAAAGCAAAGGCCAAGGGCGGUGCUGACGGGGCUUCCUAG